UAUUUGAACUCCACAACUGCAUUACUUCACCCAAAUUUCAAAUAAAGCCGCGAGUGGGCCGUGGAGAAGGCAGCGCUAGUUCGUCUUCAUCCUGUUCCACAACGUUGUCUUCCAAUCGGAGAACGCCGCCGUUAUUUCUCUCCAGACUUUGAAGCUUCUACUCUUUCCAGCAAGUUUUCAGUCAUGGGAAAGAAGGCUAAAUCUUCUGCUCCUGAUGCAGUCCUUCAAUCCAAACCUAACGAAGAUUCCUACGAAGGAGAACGUCUCGAUGAGUUUCUACAAUCGAUUCAGAGAGAGAUAAAGACAGCAAGAUUUCUGAAUGCGGAAUCCUUGCCGGAAAAAAUUUGGCUUAAGAAACAAUUCGCAAUUGGAGUUAAUGAGGUUACUAGAGUCCUUGAACGGAUGACACCAAGUGGAGAUUCUGCUCGCAUAAUGAACCCUAAUUAUAAGGCGUGUACAGUCAAGCUUCAGGCUGUACUGUUAACAGCCAAUUGCAACCCUCGAUGGUUGACAAACCAUGUGCCAAGCUUGGCCAUGUCUAGGAAGGUACCAUUGAUACUCGUAAAAGAUAAAGAAGGGUCAUUAAGGUUAGGUGAACUCGUUAACCUUAAAACAGCAAUUGCAAUUGGAAUAAAGGCGAAUGGAAGCCCUGUCAAUCAACUUAUUGAUGAAAUUCUUCAAAGAAAAACAUAAAAACACGUUUCAUGAGUACAAAGUUAUUGGGUGUACAGUAGUGAUAUGAAAUUGAAGCAAAUUAUUGUCUUCUUUCUUCUAGCAGCCUGAAAUUUCUUGCUUGCUAAUCACAUGAAAUGGAUUUGAGUUGAUUCAUUCUAGAUAAUGACCACCACUAUGGUUGGAAAGAUAGUUCAUUAGACUUUUAGUUGAAAUAAUAUAGUAAAGUAUGGUGUAUUAUUAUAAGGAAAGUUUGCAGAAGUCUGAGAUUGUAGGAUAGUAAUUGAUAUGUAAUUCUUUGUUUUUUGGAGUAGAAUUGGAGUAGGGGAUUCAAACCAUAGGUCUUGUGAUCACUAACAUGCUCGUAUGUUAGUUGAGGUACAAUCACUUGGACAAUUCGUUUGUAAUUCAUUGAUUAUUUGAAUUGGGGAUUAUUUAUUUUUUGAAAA